CGAGAUCUUCAUAGUCUCAUAGGCAUGAGUCGAAGCCAAUCAAGAGUCACGCCUUCGUCCUGAGUCAAUACCCAAUUGCUGCUCGAGGGGCCCAGAGGACACCGUUGGGAUUGGUCUUCAGCCUGCCCGACCUGGUCGCAACAAGUUAGGCUGAGUCGCAGUUAUAUAGACCGGCGACGGAGCACGCGUGUGUGCGGGCGCAGUUGCGUGAGGGUGUUUUUCCUUCCUCCGAGCUGUGGAGCAAAGCUUGUUCCUUUCCCGCUCAGCCGCGCAGGUUGAAUUGACCAAAGCAAUGGUUAUGGAGAAGCCUAGUCCCCUGCUGGUCGGGCGGGAGUUCGUGAGACAGUACUACACGCUGCUGAACCAGGCCCCGGACAUGCUGCACAGAUUUUAUGGAAAGAACUCUUCUUACGUCCAUGGGGGCCUGGAUUCGAAUGGGAAGCCCGCAGACGCAGUCUACGGACAGAAAGAAAUCCAUAGGAAAGUGAUGUCCCAGAACUUCACCAACUGCCACACUAAGAUCCGCCACGUCGAUGCCCACGCCACUCUGAAUGACGGUGUGGUGGUCCAGGUGAUGGGGUUGCUCUCCAACAACAAUCAGGCUUUGAGAAGAUUCAUGCAGACAUUUGUCCUUGCUCCUGAGGGCUCUGUUGCAAAUAAGUUCUACGUCCACAAUGAUAUCUUCAGGUACCAAGAUGAGGUCUUCGGUGGCUUUGUCACUGAGCCUCAGGAGGAGUCUGAGGAAGAAGUAGAGGAACCUGAAGAGAGACAGCAGACGCCUGAGGUGGCACCCGAUGAUCCUGGAACUUUCUACGAUCAGCCUGUCGGCAAUGACUUGGAAGAGCAUUUAGAGGAACCUGUUGCUGAACCAGAGCCUGACCCCGAGCCGGAGCCAGAGCAGGAGCCUGUGUCUGAAAUCCAGGAGGAAAAGUGUGAGCCAGCGCUGGAGGAGGCCGCUCCCGAGGACGCGCAGAAGAGCUCUUCUCCAGCGCCUGCGGACAUAGCCCCGACGGCGCAGGAGGACUUGAGGACAUUUUCCUGGGCAUCUGUGACCAGCAAGAACCUUCCACCCAGUGGAGCUGUUCCAGUUACUGGGAUUCCACCUCAUGUUGUUAAAGUCCCAGCUUCCCAGCCUCGUCCGGAGUCCAAGCCUGAAUCUCAGGUUCCACCGCAGAGGCCUCAAAGGGAUCAGAGGGUUCGAGAACAGCGGAUAAAUAUUCCUCCCCAGAGGGGACCUAGACCACUCCGUGAGGCUGGUGAGCAAGGUGACGUCGAGCCCCGGAGAACUGUGAGACACCCCGACAGUCACCAGCUCUUCAUUGGCAAUCUGCCUCAUGACGUGGAUAAGUCAGAGCUUAAAGAUUUCUUUCAGAAUUACGGGAAUGUGGUGGAGCUGCGCAUCAACAGUGGAGGGAAGUUACCCAACUUCGGCUUCGUUGUGUUCGAUGAUUCUGAGCCUGUUCAAAAGGUUCUUAGCAACAGGCCCAUCAUGUUCAGAGGUGAGGUCCGUCUGAACGUGGAAGAGAAGAAGACUCGAGCCGCCCGGGAGGGGGACCGGCGAGACAACCGCCUGCGGGGACCCGGAGGCCCUCGAGGCGGGCUGGGCGGUGCAAUGAGAGGCCCUCCGCGCGGAGGCAUGGUGCAGAAGCCCGGAUUCGGAGUGGGAAGGGCAAUCGCUCCCAGGCAAUGAAUUGCUCUCUGCCGACGGUCACGCAGCAGUGCCAACGUCCACUCCUGCAGAACGGUGAAUUUCUUCGACCGCCCUUUGGUGUCUUGCAGUAUGACCCUGGUCUCUCAUAAACUGCUUCAGUUUGUACAAUUUUACUUUCCGUGUUAAUGGUGUGUGUCCCCUCCCCUCGCCUCACCUUUCAGUCCUUCACUUCCAAUUUUGUGGAAUGAUAUUUUAGGAAAAAUGGAUUUUAAAAGAAGAAAAAAAAAGACUGAAUUUCCUUGCUUUACUUUGCAUAUAUAGACUGGAUUUUUAUUUUUAACAGCCAUUUCUCCAAAGUAAUGUGUCUUGCUUAUUACUGACAUUUGGUAUGUUUUAUUCAUUGGGAUAUUUCUCAUUUUCUACGUGUUUCAAAGCCUUUGAGAAAUACAAGAUUUGAUAAACAUUUUGAAGGCAGGAAAAACCGAAAUUGUUUCUUCUUAGGAGAGUCAUGACUACCUUCUGCUGUGGAGAAACUGCCACUGGAAAAAUUGACAAUUUUGAUUGUCUCUGGUGUGGUUAAAAACUGAAUAAAAGGUGUUAGUGAAAUUUUUUUCUUUUAAUGUAAGAUCACAAAACGAUUCUAAAAUCCACUGUUGAUAAAUGGAGAUAGGUUUUAAAUGUCUAGAAUGCAACUGAUAACACUUUUCUUGAGUUGUUAGGUUUUUUGAAGUAGAGUUUUUUCUCAUGUUUAAUUUGUAUUUGUAAAAACAAACAAAAUACCAAAACCAGAAUCUGAAUAACACAAAACUAGAGCAAAACUGUUGUGCCUUCUAUUUAUCUUUGAUUCCAGCCCUGGCAGUUGUUUUAAAGAAGACUAAUUUAAAAAGUCUGGAUCGGUUUCCGCCCCCCAGGUUCGGAGUGUGUUGGGAACUGUAGAGUCCCUCCUUUCACUCUGUAUGUCUUCUGUUCACUCCUUAUGCCUUAUUCUGAAACUGAGUCUCAAACUGGAAUGCCUUUGAGGACAGAUGCUUCUGUAGAGGUCCUUUGACUUAAAUAGGUUUGCAUUUUAUUUUGGCAUCUUCAGAAUUCUAAUCAGCCCAUAAGAAAGAAUGUGAUUUUAAUAUUGGACUUUGCUGAUGUGCUUGAGUGUCUGCUAGUUGUUUUCCUUUAAAUCAUAGCCAUAUGGUAAAUUUUCUAUUUUGUUAAUGGUUCUCUUUUAUUGAUGGGCAUGCAGUGGGUGCUUUUUGGAAAUGGCCAAUUUUUAUUAAAAUAUUUCUGGAAGAAAAUUUAACCUGGCAGUAUAGAGUAAUGCUCGUUUUACAUAGCGUGGUGUUUGUUGAGUGCUGUGUGUGAGGUGGGUGAAGGUUUUGUUUACACACUUGUGAAGCAAGCCUUUGUGUGAUAUCUUGUCAUUGCUAAUGGAAGGGCAACGAGGUUGUCAAAUGUAACUUAUUUAUUUUCUUCUUCACAGUGUUCAUCUUUAGGGCUGCUGUCUGAGGGUAGUGUGAGUAGGCACAGGAGUGUUUAUUAUCUCUCUGUUACUGGGAAACUAGGCUUGCUGAAGGGUGUAGUCUUAAAAUAAAAUGAAAUUUGAUGUUAUCAGUUAGUCCUCAGUACCGUAAAUAUUUGAAAGUUGGCAGCAUCUCCUUCAUAUAAAGAAACUUUAUAUAACUGAGUCACGUGGCUGUUUUGGGGGUCAGUUUAAACUGUUAUUUGGUAACCACUCAAUUUGGCCCAGGUCAGUGAUACUUAAAAGAAAUUCCAGCUUGUUACUUCUGUAGCUUAUAUUAAGCUUGGGGUGGAAAGAAAAAAAAUACUUAGCCUGAGUUAUUUUUGCAGUAAAUAUAAGGUCAUAUUAUGGAUAACCUAGAAAUCAUCUUUCACAAAGUGAGCACUGCAGCAUCCCUUUCAGAACGGGAGUUCUUCCUGCUCAGGGGGUUAGAGGCACUGACCAGACGCGGUGGUGCUCUGUUUGGGGCGGCUAUCUCCUAGAGGACAUUGGAAAUGUGUGAGGUUACGGGCGUGUGGAGGGGGACACUGCAGCUGUCGUUCAGUGGGUGGGGCCAGCGGUGUCACGUGUUCCGUAAAAAUGAAUCAACUACACGAAAACCCGGGUAGCCCUCCUUCUGUGAUGCAUGGUGGGCGGGGCGGUGGGGACUGCAGCUGGAGUUGAAGACUCAUUGCUUUGAAAAUAAAUGAAUCAGCAAAUAGAUAUCUCUUCAGGAAUUAUAGUAACAUCUCGUAAGCAAUCUCGUUUUCCUUCAUUUGUGCCAACUGUGUGGUUUUUAAAAAAUUUUGUAAUAGAACUACAAUAAAAUACCUAAUAAAAUUAUUUUGGACGGGUGGCAGUAUGCCAGAUGGUGCUUGUAACUUGUUGCAGGGAGUUAUCGCAUGAUCUCAGAAAACAAGUUUGCUUCAGCAAUUUCGACUAAUUAGAAUUUGGGUGAGUGUGGAGUUUUGACUAGCAUUGGACUUUUUUUAUGAAUGUGAUUCGGCAUCAUGGCUGACACUGUUAGAAACCCUGACAUCAUUGCUCACAGUCGUGCUGAUGGAAUAAACAUGGUACCAUAGAGGAGAUACAUGUGGUCACACAGGUAGAAAGUUAAAGUAAAAUAAAAUAGGUAAAGGCGAGAUUUUUCUGUGCGCAGCAUCCGCUCAUCACAUUCAACCUUUCAGAUUUUAAAACACAAUUUUUCAUCUGUAAGAGUGGCCUGGAGUAUAGUUCCUUCCCACUGAGCUUAAUGCCCUUCACCAGUUUACUUACCUUGCAUCUGACUGGGCAGGAUUGGUUUGGUUCAGUGUGCAUCUUAGUCUUUUAAGACCUGUUGAAAAUGAAUACAUCUGGCGAUGUAAAAAAAUACUUUUCUUUUAUGGUGAGGUUGGGCUUUACUUGUGUAUUCCUGUGUUCUCAACUUUUUGAGCUAUUGCUGGGAACAGUGAAAUGGAUAAUCCCAAAACUGACUUUGAGUAGGUUACUGCCAUAGUGUUAGUUGAAUUGCACUUGAGUUUUAGGUUGGAAAAUUAAUUUUCACGACUCUGAGCUAGGGAGUUUUCCCCAAAGCAAUAGAUAAAGAAGAAGUGGCAUCAGAGCAGUUACAAGACUAGGUCUCCAAGCCAUCCCUGCAGCAAGGAGCAGAUUGGCCUCCCAAACGGAUGCUUUUUCUGUAGAACAAAUAGGCCUUCCUGUUUCCGAUUGAAUGACGUUAAGAUAAUAGCACGUGACCAUGAAAUUACUACAGUAGGGAGACCAGAGUCUAUAAAUCAUUCUUAGCCAGGUUAGUUAGCAUUUUUGUUCUCCGUGUCCUUUAGAGUAGUGAUAUAGCAAACAUUGACUUUAUUUUUUUAAUAGGACUUCUUUUGACUUGCAGACUGUUUGGUGACACCCUAAUGAUGACUUUGUUCUUAGGUUAUCUUCUUACCUGGUUUAAUAAUACAUUUAGUACAAUCUUGAAAUCCGAUGUGGAUGAUAACUAGUUUUUGUUAGAACGUGACCCAGGUGGGUUUGUAGCAGUUGUGCUUCGUGCUUACAGUUGCCGUCCUCUAGUCCUUUUCCUCCAUCCUUUCCUUUGUGAACAAGUUUAUUUGAAAACCCUUGAUGGUUUUAAUGAGUUAGUGGGAAAUGAGGCACUUUAUAGAAAACAUUGGUUAGAAUCUAUAUGGAAAUGAUCUUUCUAUGAGGUUUAAAUUUGUAGACCAUUGUUUAUGCUGAGCGGCCUAUUUCUUUUAUGUAAAUGGUUGCAUUUGUCAAAUCUACUGAUCUAAAGAUAUCUUUUAUAUUGAAGUUUUAUUUUUUUUUUUUUUGUUACUUAGAAUCUCUGCAGGGGCUUCUCCUUUUAGUUCAGCAAUUUUGACUUUUAGUCAAAACGACUUUUAGUUCAGCCAUUUUGAACCUUGUACAAGAAGUGACUUCAACAUUUAUUUGAAUAUGAGGUUCUAGCUAACUGCCUAGUAUACCAAAAAGGGGCAUUGGACACUUAAGGUAGUCUUCCACAAAUGUUUUAGAAAUCUUAAGGAAUACAUUAGCAACCUAGCAGUGUCUUGUGUGGGAUGAGGUUGUAGAUUAAAGUUGCUGAUCAAGUAAUUGGCCAUGUGGUUCUAGAUAAUUACGGAAGGAUUUCUGGUUGUAAGGCAGUAAAACUUGGGACUUGUAUUUGUGUGCUGUGGAUAUAAAAGUUCUGGGGACCAUAGGCAGGCUUGUGAACUCUUACUAGACUAAAGGAAAAAUGGUGGCGCAUGUAAGAUACAACUUUUCUUUACAUUCUUUUCAGUGAAUCUGUAUGUAGCUCAGGAUGGUGCUGAACUUAGCCUGCGUGGUUCAUGCUUCCGUGAAAUAGUCUCUCAUCGUGGCCUGAAUGAAUGAAGAGCUGAUUAGAGAUGGCCUAAAGCCACUGUCCCAUUUUAGUUCUGAUUUUCGCCUAGUGUAUGGCAUAGAAUCAAGGUUGUUUGCCUUUUGAGUAUGUGACUUGUUUUGAAAAACUUGGACAGUUUGCCUUCUUCUGAUUUUCACUUGAACUUGGUAGUGUAGUGGGUUUGUUUUGUUUUGUUUUUGUUUCUUAACAAUAGUUCCCUGUGAGAAGAAAAUAGUAUUAGAAGUCGGUUCCACUGUUAACUUCCAUAACAUGUGACCUGGCCAACCACAGAAGUCCACACGUGUUCAGUACUUUGAAGUGUGGCCAGUGUCACAGAUUCCCUAAGGGACUUGUGUCUGUCCAAUGUGUCUUAUUUU